AUGGUCGCCAGCUGUACAGUUGUGGACCAGCUGAAGCAGUUUCUUGAACGUUGUUCGACGAUUGAAGAGCUACCCCAUUCGUUCGAUGAUACACUUGUGGACAGUCUAAUCGAUAAUAUCGACUUGAACGAUGAACGUCUAACCGAGUUUAUCAAGUCGAGUUUCACCUCAGUAAAUUUCGAAACUGCUACAUCAGUGGUUGUAUCCCUACUGCUUCGUUUAUACGCAAAACUCGCUCAAACAAUUGCCGACAAUGAUGAGGGCGUAAGCGAGCAGCUAACACGUACAGAAGUUCUUUUGGAGCAAGAUCGUCCUGCCAAAGUGUUUUCUGACCUCUUCACACUCUACAUCAUCUCCUAUCGAUUCAAGCAGGAGUUCGGAUGGGAUCACGUAGUCUUCUGGGCUAUCGCUCAGCUACCCAACGAGGGCCUCAGUAUAUUCGUGCGACGAUUAGUCGAGGAUUUUUUGUGCCUUACACAGGAUGAGGACGUGGUACAGCUGUUUCUUGCUAGUGUCGCGGAGCUUUUCUGUUGCACGGAUUCUAUACUUAUUAUGAAUGGCACUGCUCGCGUAUUGCUAAAUUUCGCUGAUCGUUUGAAUCCAGACCAGAUUGGAUUGAUUAUUGAUACAAUACAAACGGGAGAUCUGCUAGGAGAUACUGUUUAUCAGCUCGCAGCGAGAAUAAGGCCAGAUAUGGGGUUACUUGAUGAUCUUUCGCUGUCCAAAUGGCGUAAUGAGACUGCUAGAUGUCAGACAAUUAUGAAGCUCAUUCUGCAGUCACAAGCGACAAAAUUAAAUGUUCCGAUAGUGAAUGAUAUCAGAAAUGUUCUGAUAGAUGUGAACAAAUGGUGGGUUCAAUUCACAGCUGUGAUCGAGUCAAAACGACAUGAAGCGGUGUGCAGUUGUGCAAGCGGCUGUGUUCGAAGCGACAAAGCGGAGCAUAGCGGUCGAUGGGGAACCUUCGUUAGCACCAGUCAUCACCACAAUCCAAGAGAAGCCAACGAUGGUUCCGAGCUUUUUUUAUGCUUCAUCUAUAGACGUCGUGAAAUCAGACGUUCUGAUACUAGUGAUUUGAUCGCUGCGGUUUUGCUGUCACCGUUUGUGAAAUUGGGUUCGUUUGUAAAUGUUAUCGACCUACUCAGUGACAAGGAACUCCAAGAAUAUCUACCGAGUAUGUGUCGAAUUGUUACGGAUCGGCGUCGAGCACCGCUCUCUGACUUGCAAGGAAUGAUUUCGAAGCUUGCUGGGCGUCUGGACAUUGUCGAUCUCCCCAAGGUGUUGGAAAGUUGCUUCAACAGGUUACUGGAAUCUCCGUGUUUGCUAGAGGAACUCUGCAAAGGUUACGGAAAUGACUGCCUUAAUCAUCCAUCUAUGGCGAGUAUUCGCGAUCGAUUAGCAGUGGAAAUUACAAAAGCUGUAUCCCAUUCCGACUGGGAAGUUCGUGACACCGUCGUGGAAAUUGCAGCAAUUGUUCCUUGCUUUCGUCCUAUGUUAGGACCUUUGAUCCCACUGGUUCGAUUUGAUCGAUCUUGCUACGUGCGGGCUGCUGCACUGAGGUGCCUCAUCCUAGAUGCCCAGUAUUACGAAGAAGAACUACCGCAACUAUGCGAAAAUGUGAUACUUCUGGAUGUAGACGCGGAACCUCGUCUUGUCGCUAUUCGUUACCUGCAAAGCACUCUUGCUAAGAAUAUCAGUCAUGUUUUUCGAAUACUGCCUAAAGCAAUUGAGGAUACUGACGAUGAGAUAAGGCGCAUAAUGAUCGAAAUGUGCUCAACAUUACUGGUCGUAGAGGAGUACGCAGCGGACACGAUGAAAGAACUUCAAGAAUGGACUGAAGAUGCUCAGAUAGGUGCCGCGGUGCGUGCAGUGCUUGGUGCAUUGAAAACCAACAUUUGUUCCUGGUCGAAGGAUUUCUUGGAGGUCUAUGUCAAUGUCUUGGUCCCGGCACUACCUAGCUUCAUACUUGUGUUUAAUGAUAGUUAA